CGCCGCCGCCAAAACAUGCCAACAUGGCGGACCUGGAGGCCGUGCUGGCCGAUGUCAGUUACCUGAUGGCCAUGGAGAAGAGCAAGGCGACCCCGGCCGCCCGCGCCAGCAAGAGGAUCGUCCUGCCCGAGCCCAGUAUCCGGAGUGUGAUGCAGAAGUAUCUCGCAGAGAGAAACGAAAUAACCUUUGACAAGAUUUUCAAUCAGAAAAUUGGUUUCUUGCUAUUUAAAGAUUUUUGUUUGAAUGAAAUUAAUGAAGCUGUACCUCAGGUGAAGUUUUAUGAAGAGAUCAAAGAAUAUGAAAAGCUUGAUAAUGAGGAAGACCGCCUUUGCAGAAGUCGACAAAUUUAUGACGCCUACAUCAUGAAGGAGCUUCUCUCCUGCUCACAUCCUUUCUCAAAGCAAGCUGUAGAACACGUGCAAAGUCACUUAUCCAAGAAGCAAGUGACAUCAACUCUUUUUCAGCCAUACAUAGAAGAAAUUUGUGAAAGCCUUCGAGGUGACAUUUUUCAAAAAUUUAUGGAAAGUGACAAGUUCACUAGAUUUUGUCAGUGGAAAAACGUUGAAUUGAAUAUCCAUUUGACCAUGAAUGAGUUCAGCGUGCAUAGGAUUAUUGGACGAGGAGGAUUCGGGGAAGUUUAUGGUUGCAGGAAAGCAGACACUGGAAAAAUGUAUGCGAUGAAAUGCUUAGAUAAGAAGAGGAUCAAAAUGAAACAAGGGGAAACAUUAGCCUUAAAUGAAAGAAUCAUGUUGUCUCUUGUCAGCACAGGAGACUGUCCUUUCAUUGUAUGUAUGACCUAUGCCUUCCAUACCCCAGAUAAACUCUGCUUCAUCCUGGAUCUGAUGAACGGGGGCGAUUUGCACUACCACCUUUCACAGCACGGGGUGUUCUCUGAGAAGGAGAUGCGGUUUUAUGCCACGGAGAUCAUUCUGGGUCUGGAACACAUGCACAAUCGAUUUGUUGUUUACAGAGACUUGAAGCCAGCAAAUAUCCUCUUGGAUGAAUAUGGACACGCGAGGAUAUCAGAUCUUGGUCUUGCUUGCGAUUUUUCCAAAAAGAAGCCUCAUGCUAGCGUUGGCACCCAUGGGUACAUGGCUCCGGAGGUGCUGCAGAAGGGGACGGCCUACGACAGCAGUGCCGACUGGUUCUCCCUGGGCUGUAUGCUUUUCAAACUUCUGAGAGGUCACAGCCCUUUCAGACAGCAUAAAACCAAAGACAAGCAUGAGAUUGACCGAAUGACCCUCACCGUGAAUGUGGAACUUCCAGAUGCCUUCUCUCCUGAACUGAAGUCCCUUUUGGAGGGCUUGCUCCAGCGAGACGUUAGCAAGCGGCUGGGCUGUCACGGAGGCGGCUCACAGGAAGUAAAAGAGCACAGCUUUUUCAAAGGUAUUGACUGGCAGCAUGUCUACUUACAAAAGUACCCCCCACCCUUGAUUCCUCCCCGGGGAGAAGUCAAUGCUGCUGAUGCCUUUGAUAUUGGCUCAUUUGAUGAAGAAGAUACCAAAGGCAUUAAGCUGCUUGAUUGCGACCAAGAACUCUACAAGAACUUCCCUCUGGUCAUCUCUGAACGCUGGCAGCAGGAGGUCACGGAAACCGUUUACGAAGCAGUCAAUGCAGACGCGGAUAAAACUGAGGCCAGAAAGAGAGCUAAAAAUAAGCAGCUUGGCCACGAAGAAGAUUACGCUCUGGGGAAGGACUGCAUUAUGCACGGGUACAUGCUGAAACUGGGAAACCCAUUUCUGACUCAGUGGCAGCGUCGCUAUUUUUACCUCUUUCCAAAUAGACUUGAAUGGAGAGGAGAGGGAGAGUCCCGGCAAAAUUUACUGACAAUGGAACAGAUUCUCUCUGUGGAAGAAACUCAAAUUAAAGACAAAAAAUGCAUUUUGUUCAGAAUAAAAGGAGGGAAGCAAUUUGUCUUGCAAUGUGAGAGUGAUCCAGAGUUCGUGCAGUGGAAGAAGGAGUUAAACGAAACCUUCAAGGAGGCCCAGCGACUGCUGCGUCGCGCCCCGAAGUUCCUCAACAAACCUCGGUCCAGCACUGUGGAGCUCUCAAAGCCAUCCCUCUGUCACAGAAACAGCAAUGGCCUCUAGCACCUAGCAACAGGGAGGGUCCUUGAGGAGGACACACCAGUCUCUCAUUUGGGGUGACACACCUCAUUCAUUUGGGGUGAAUGAGGAUGAGACAUCUGAUCUAUUCACUACUGGGACUCCUCCAGGCUCCCAAGAGGAGUCGGGACGCUUCGGCUUGGGGUCAGCCCAGCUCCCUGCCUUGUCACAUCUGUCUCCAGGCAAAACUACUGAAGAAAUAAAAAUUCUUUUUCUUUGCUACACACUUUGGUACCUAUGAACCUAGAACUUGAAGUGACUCCUACUUACCACGUGAAUUUUUAUGUCUGAUAUCAAACACAUCUAAGACUUUCCAGGCUGGACUUUGAAGAUGUUCAGUGUGAGGUCACAGAUUGCCCCAAGCAUUGCCAACUCUUAUCCCUACUCACUGCUGAUUUUCUAGGUCUCUGCUCCGUACUACUGGGGGAUGGGAGAGCCACGGUGUGUUUCUUUCGUGUACCUCACCACUGACUUCUUGUCCUGGGCUUAAAAGUUGAAGAUAUUUUCUGACGAUAUUAAAAGUUGAAGACCUUUCAUCUCCCUCUGGGAGCUGCACCCACAUGACUGCCCUGCCUCUGACCAGUCUGUUCCGGGGCCCCCUCAGCCAGGUGGGAAUGACAGACACGUCAUCUCCAAGUGGAUGGGAGAUGAUUAACUAAUCAUUGAAGGCAUUCAUCCGUCCAUCGUUGGAAAGAUUGACACUGAUUCUGAAGGACAGGCAGUGGAGUUUUAGGUUUCAGGGGCAUAGAGCAUUUUUCAAAAGUCUUUGAGUCCAGUGCACUCAAGCCAGCAAGCCGUACCUGGUGUGCAGGAACACUUGUGGGUGAGUUGGUCUCGGGUCUCCACGAUUAGCAAUUGUGUGACAGUCCUUCUGGUUCCUUCUGCCUGACCCUGGGAGACAUGUCAGGAAUGGGUGUGCAAAAGCAGGUCUGUUUUACGUCUGACUAUGAUUUAAGAUGAAUUGUAUUGAAAACAUGCUGAAGAAUGAAUAUGUCAAAAUGGUUUAACUGUGUAUGGACCUUCACGUCAUCAUCCAUCCAUCAUGAAUGAAUGAUGCUUUGUACUGGGCUGGUGUGCGGCAGUGAGGACCUCAGGACAUAAAGGUUUUUUGCUGGGUCCCAGCAGCAUCUGCCCCAUGAAGUCUGUUUUCUCCCCCUGCCUUCAGGACCCAUUGAUAACCCCAAACAGAUGCUGGGUUGAGAAUCAGUGAAGCCCCCCGUGUCAUCAGUCUUGAAAGAAAUCAUUUGACAAGUCCACCUAUUUGUCCCAUUAUCGGAGUGGUGUUAGUGUAUGUCUUUACUAACAGUAUAAAUAACUUGACAUCAGAAUUGUCCUUGAUAUUUUUAGUGGUUCCAAAUUUUUGUUUUUAUACUUAUGUGCUGUCUUCAUGGGCAAAGGAAGUACUUUUUAAUGCAGUUAUUUUGAGAGUUUGGAUGACAAUUUACCGAAAGGGUCCUUUGUUUCAUAAGAGUUACUUUGCAAAAAAAAAAAAUGUGGGGGUUUGUUGUCUAUCUCAACUACUAGUAGGGGCUUAAAUUAACAUACAUUUCUACUAUCUGUUAUUUCCAGUGUGGGAGGAGGGACGUACUGCUUAUACGCAUUCUCCUUAUUUAAAAGGGAAGAAUAGUAUUCACAUUCUGUUUAAACACACACACACACACACACACACGGCAGGAGGGACGUACUGCUUAUAUGCAUUCUCCUUAUUUAAAAGGGAAGAAUAGUAUUCACAUUCUGUUUAAACACACACACACACACACACACACACACGGCAGGAGGGACGUACUGCUUAUAUGCAUUCUCCUUAUUUAAAAGGGAAGAAUAGUAUUCACAUUCUGUUUAAACACACACACACACACACACACACACACACGGCAGGAGGGACGUGCUGCUUAUACGCAUUCUCCUUAUUUAAAAGGGAAGAAUAGUAUUCACAUUCUGUUUAAACACACACACACACACACACACACACACGGCAGGAGGGACGUACUGCUUAUAUGCAUUCUCCUUAUUUAAAAGGGAAGAAUAGUAUUCACAUUCUGUUUAAACACACACACACACACACACACACACACGGCAGGAGGGACGUACUGCUUAUAUGCAUUCUCCUUAUUUAAAAGGGAAGAAUAGUAUUCACAUUCUGUUUAAACACACACACACACACACACACGGCAGGAGGGACGUGCUGCUUAUACGCAUUCUCCUUAUUUAAAAGGGAAGAAUAGUAUUCACAUUCUGUUUAAACACACACACACACACACACACACACACACACACGGCAGGAGGGACGUACUGCUUAUAUGCAUUCUCCUUAUUUAAAAGGGAAGAAUAGUAUUCACAUUCUGUUUAAGCACACACACACACACACACACACACACACGGCAGGAGGGACGUACUGCUUAUAUGCAUUCUCCUUAUUUAAAAGGGAAGAAUAGUAUUCACAUUCUGUUUAAACACACACACACACACACACACACACACACACACACACCCCAGAAGCAGAAAAGCCAUUGUUCUUAAAGUGUGAAUGUUUUUCCAGCCCUGGUUAAUUAUAGCUGUGACUGGUGCCAUUCCUGUCUGCAUCUCAAGCUCGUAGGUUCUCAGCACGUGCAGUUGAUUGAGCAGUGGGCCUCAUGCCUGUCCUAUAUCUCCAGGAUAAAGGGUCUCCUGUUGACUCCACCAGGGCCUGGGCUUAGCGUCUGAUAUCUCAUACCUAGGGCAUGAGCUGCACAAACAUAUUGAGAAAGAUUAUUCCCAUUCUUGUUCUAAAAUUGAGCCAAUCCACAUCUCUUUCAAAAACUAGAAUUUUUGCUCUAAGAGAAUAUAAGCCUCAUCUCUCUUUUAGAAAAGAUACACGAAUUGGAAAAUACCCUCAGAGUCCUUUUCCCUCAGACUUACUCCAAGUAGCCUUUGACACUUUCCCAGCUCACAUUUGCUUUGUAAUGAUAAGGCUGGCGCAUCUGGAUGUCAUUUAUUAAACGUACUUUGUGAGAUUAGGUUGAGCUGCUUCCGAGGGUGGGCACCAGUUGUAUUGCGGUCUGGUUUGAGGAUCCGUGAGGGGCCUGUCUUCUGCCAGCAUGUUGCGAUGGGGGUGUUUCUGUGACAGACAGAGGAUACCACUGUGCCUGCACCUGGUGCCUGCGUGGCUAGAAGGGAAGUCAGUUAAACAUCUUGGGAUACUUGGCUGUUACUUAUUUUUUUAAUUUUGGGAGUUAGGGCCUUGCUCUGUCACCCAGGCUGGAGAGCAGUGGCAUGAUUGUGGCUCACUUUCAGCCAUGAAUUCCUAGGUUCAAGCAGUCCUCCCACCUCAGCCUCCUGAGUAGCCAGGGCUACAGAGGCAUGCCACCUUUCUUGGCUAGUCUAUUUUUUGGGUAGAGACGGGGGUCUUGCUAUAUUGCCCAGGAUGGUCUUGAACUCUUGGGCUCAAGCGAUCCUCCUCCCUUGGCCUCUCAAAAUGCUGGAAUUAGAGAUGUGAGCCAACCACGCCCAGCCAUAGGACUUGGACGUUUUAGAAGGUUUUCCAAGUGUUACAUGAUUCCUAGAUGUUCACCCUUCUUACACUCCAACCAUUAGAAAGGACAAAAUUCAGCCCCCAUUUUUUCAUUAUUUUAGAUUUCUGUGGUUGGGAUAUUUUAACAUUGAUGAGAAAAAUCAUUGAGGUUGAUAUUUUAUUUUUACAAAAUCAUGUUGUAAUAAGUCUUGAUUUCAUGAUUCAAAAGAAUCAAUAAAGCAAAGCCUAUAAGUAACAGAUUAUUUUAAGCUGCUAUGUAAGAUACAUAUGGAAUAAAUUGAAAACUUUUGUGAAUUCAGGUUUAUUAUUUUUGACCUAAAACAUUCUCUUUGGUUCGUGUAUCCCCUCAUGUCAUGGGGGGCUCAUUGGUUUUCCUCCUUUGUCAUAUUUAAAUAUGACUUUCAACAAAACCCCUACAAGUCAGCUUAUUAUUUCAACAUGAAUGCAAAGUGCUCGUGCCUCUGAUGGGUCCGUUCACUGACAUAACAGUUGCAAAGCCUCUGUAUAAAAAGAAGGGGCCAAAUACCCAGCAAGAUGCCCCGAAGGAAGGAAGGAAGCAUUCUGCUCAAGACAGCAGCAGCAACAAACAACAGUCUGCUCGUUACACGCAAGACUCAGCUUGAGUUCUGGUCUGACAUGUGCCAGAAGGAUAUUAAGACAUCUUUUAAGGCCACAUUGGCCAUCUACAAAGUAUUGUUUACCAAUUGACGACAGGGAUUUAACUAGAUUGAAAAGACCAGAGUGGUUUUCCUCUGCUUUUUACAAUUUCACUCCGAAUUUGUAGCUGGGCCAAUUCAACACAUUUUACUUGUCAGUGGAAUUGAUUUUUCUGAUGUUUCAGAAUUUUAACAUGUCAAGAAGAAAACAGCCUUUUCAGAAUCUGGCCUUUCUCGCAUGAUGUAAAUCUGUAGAGAUGCUUUGAAAGUGCUGGUGGAAGACAAGAGUGGUCUUGUAUGAUUUAAUCAUAGGCAGCAAAGUCUCGGAGAUGUUCAGGGAAGUGCCUCUGGGUCAUUCAGAGAGAUGCUUGAUGAAUUCACACCCCCACCCCGAAUGAGGGUUGACUUGUGGAGAUGAUCUGGGCUUCGUUGGGAGAUGACAGGUGGAGGCUGGGCGGGUGUCACAGAGAGAACAAUAGUAGAAAUGGGGCGAAGGAAGAAAGAAGUUGCUGGUAAAAGUCAUUACACCAUAAAGCACCAGGGAAAUGACUGAGUUAAAAUAGGUGAGGUUUUCCCCUAUAACAGGAGAUUGUUCCUUACACUAAUUAUUCUAAGACUUGGUCACUCUGUUUUUGAAUAUGGAGCUGCUGAACUCGUUUGGAAGCCAUUUGCUGCCUAUCAGGACUUUCUGAAGAAGUUCUUUUGCCUCUACCUGCCCUCUGGCACCCUUCUGUGAGGGCACAGGGGACCCAGAGCUAAAGCAGUACCAGGCCAUCUCCAAAACACUGUAUGUGCAUCUUGCAGCCCCCAAGGUGGAGAGGUGGUGUCUGGAUCACUGUGAAUGCAUGACCACUUUGGUCAAUUUGGGACAUUGUUACAAAUCCAUUGACAUCCAAGUACAUCUUUCAGAAUAGCAGGCCCCUUCUGUUCUGCCCUGCUCACCCUAACAGUGAGUUACCAGCCUGGGCAACACAGCAAGACCCCAUCUCUACAAAAAAAAAAUUUUUUUAAGUAAUUAACUAACAGUUAAAUUUUUACCUAGAGAUUUAACAUGAUUUUUUCCCUCCUAUGUAAAGUUUACUGGAGAGACUUGAAAUAAUUACUUAAAUUCAUGUUAAUAUGAUUUUUUUUUUGAGACAGAGUUUUGCUCUUGUUACCCAGGCUGGAGUGCAAUGGCUCGAUCUCAGCUUACCAGAACCUCUGCCUCCUGGGUUCAGGCAAUUCUCCUGCCUCAGCCUCCCGAGUAGCUGGGAUUACAGGCAUGCGCCACCAUGCCCAGCUAAUUUUUUGCAUUUUUAGUAGAGACGGGGUUUCACCAUGUUGACCAGGAUGGUCUCGAUCUCUUGACCUCGUGAUCCACCCGCCUCGGCCUCCCAUUAAUAUGAUUUUUUAAAAAAAAAAAUCCAGAUCACAUUUUAACAAAGUGUACUAUGGAAUGAAUGACAUUUCCACUCUAAAAUGGUACUCCUUGGCUUCCUCAAGCCAUAAUGAACUUUAUGUUUUCUUUGUCCCUGAAGACUAAGGUAGCUGUUUUAUUUUAGCAGAGUUAUCAGAGAUUUCCGCUCCUGCAGGCUCCCACAGCCGGCCCAGUGGGGGUGUGUUUUUGACUUGGCUGUGUUAGCAUUGAUUGAGAAAUUUCGGACCCCAAAUUUUAAAUUGCCUUUAUUAAAAACAAAAAACCUAUAGAAAAUAUGUUAAGAGUAUAUGCAUUUCAUCAAACACACAUAUAGGGAAAAAAAUCCUUCAUUUUAGAAUGAAAUAACUCAGCUUUGUAUAGUAGAGUUAGCUCCCCGGUAUCUAACCAUCUCAAAGUCAUCUCUGAAAACCGGUAACUAUGCUUCCAUUUUUAAUUUUGUCCUAAAUAUGAGAUGUCUUGGAUGUAAGGGCAGGGAAUGGAGGAAUAUUCUCAAUUGUGUAUUUGUAUUACAAAGAACUUGAAAUGUACUUUCUUAGUUGAUUUUAUUAAAUGAUGUACAUAUUAUGUGUGGGUUAUAAGCUCAACACUGGCCAUUUUUUUAGUUUUAUUGUUAAAUGGAAUUUUUCUAUGUUUAAUUAUAAUAGCUUUGGCUCUUUCUGGAUAGCGUAAAGAUCACUGAACUAUAUAUAUAUAUAAGAAACAAGAGUUCUAUUUUAGCACAAAAGCAUUUUAUAUUAUUUAUUGAAUCCAUCAGUUUGUUUUCAUCAAAACCAUUCCAUUUUAUUUCUGCUCCUUUUUAUUUGUAUAGUUUGUUAUUUAAAGAAAUGGCAGUCCUUCCUGUUCUUAAUACAAUAAAAUUGAAAUAACGCACGUAGCAAUGUGGGUCAACAUCUCUUCUCACCACCAUGGACGGUUCUCAACAGCUGAUCUUCUGGUCCAUGCUGAGGGCCGUGUGCAUGGCUUCCGUCACGUCGGGCAGCAAGCUUGUUGUGAAAUACUGCUUUCAUCUACCUCUUUGGAAAGCUUCUUGCUUGUUGACAAGCACCCCAAAGGUUUUAUUCUAGACUGGCUAUCUCGUAAGAGCAUUUCUGUAAGACUUUGCAGUGUAAUUCCCUUGGAACCUAGGUUUGUUUCUAAAGCCACGGUAUUGUCCAGGAGCCCCUGCCGCGGUGUGCGCGGGGCGGGUAGCUCUCCCCUCCCAUGUUAUUAGUGAUCCCUUAGGACUGAGGUACAGCUGCACAGCAUCAUUGAUUCCCCUCAUUGUGUGAAAUCCCCACCAUCAGCCUUGCCAUUGCCUUAAGAUUUGAUGAUUGCACCUGAUUACCCAACCACGAAAUAGAAAGGCCACCUUCAUGCUUUCAAAAAGGCAAGGUGCAUUUAGAAACACUCCUUUUAGGAGUAGCACAUUUGAGUGUGACAUCCCCGAUCCCACAGUCACUAUUUCAAAAUCGUUUCGAAAAUGGGGUCUUAAAGGUAAGCGCCCUCAUGCAUGACUAAAACUUUGUAAGAGGUCUUUAUAUGAAUGGACCCUUGAGGAUUUAUGUGAAAUAGAAUGAAGUCCUGUCUCUGUGAGAGAACGUGCCUCCUCACUCAUUUGUCUCUGUCUGUUUUCAUAGCCAUCAAUAUAGUAACAUAUUUACUACAUUCUUGGCAAAGUAGAAUACCCUUAAAGAAAUCCGUUUUCUAUUGUGCAUUGCUAUACAAAGUGAAGCCAGUGAACUAGAUACUGUAAAUCUAGAUAUUGUACCUAGAAAAAUUAUCAUUGGUUCUAUCUCUUUUUGUAUCUAUUGUGCAGGGAAGGUUUAUAACCCCUUCUCAGUAUACACUUAUUAGUGCACGUCUGAAAUAGCAUCCCACGGGAGAUACAGCUCCACAGCAAGGUCACCUGCCCUGUGUGGGGCACACCAUCAGUUAGCACCACCGUUUUUACAGUUACUUUGGAGCUGCUAGACUGGUUUUCUGUGUUGGUAAAUUGCUUAUAUAAAUCUCAAUAAAAAGGAUCUGUACCAAGAUA